AUGGAAGGACUUGCGAACCAGCUAAAGCGAGGAAUCUCACGUCAGUUUUCGACAGGAUCAUUAAGAAAGUCAUUUAGCAGGCAAUUCACACGACAAUCUUCUCUCGAUCCGAGGAGGAAUAACUUGCGGUUUAGCUUUGGAAGACAGUCUUCGUUGGAUCCAAUACGGAGAAGUCCACUUCAUGAUAAUGAACAGUUGAGUGUGCCGGAGAAUUUGGAUUCGACGAUGCACUUGUUAUUCAUGGCGUGUAGAGGAGAUGUUAAAGCAGUUGAAGAUUUAUUGGAUGAAGGUGUUGAUGUUAAUAGUAUUGAUUUGGAUGGAAGAACUGGUUUGCAUAUUGCAGCUUGUGAAGGUCAUGUUGAGGUCGUUAAGCUUCUUUUGAGUCGCAAGGCUAAUAUUGAUGCUCGUGAUCGAUGGGGGAGCACGGCGUGUGCUGACGCUAAGUAUUAUGGGAAUGUUGAAGUUUAUAACAUUUUGAAGGCAAGAGGAGCUAAAGCCCCGAAAACCACCAGGAAGACACCAAUGACUGUGACAAACCCUCGAGAAAUUCCGGAGUAUGAGCUUAAUCCAAUGGAACUUCAAGUUCGAAAAGCUGAUGGCAUUACAAAGGGAAUGUUUCAAGUUGCUAAGUGGAAUGGUACCAAGGUUGCCGUAAAGAUACUCGAAAAGGACCGUUGUACAGACCCUGAGAGCAUAAAUGCUUUCAAACAUGAACUAACCUUACUAGAAAAAGUUCGACAUCCUAAUCUGAUUCAGUUUGUCGGAGCUGUCACCCAAAAUCUGCCCAUGAUGAUUGUUGCAGAAUAUCAUUCAAAAGGCGAUUUAGCAAGUUAUCUUCUGAAAAAAGGGCGGCUUUCCCCAUCUAAAGCUUUGAGAUUUGCUCUUGAUAUUGCUAGGGCCUUGAACUACCUACAUGAAUGUAGACCCGAUCCGAUCAUCCAUUGCGACUUAAAGCCAAAAAAUAUUUUGCUGGAUAAUGGUGGUCUAUUGAAGGUAGCUGGAUUUGGAUUGAUAAGGUUGUCAAACAUUUCACCUGACAAAGCUAAACUAGCACCAGGGACUCUUAUUGACCAUUCAAAUGUGUACAUGGCACCUGAGAUUUAUAAAGAUGAAAUAUUCGAUAAAAGCAUCGAUGCAUACUCUUUCGGAGUCGUUUUGUACGAGAUGCUCGAGGGAGUGCAGCCUUUCCAUCCCAAAUCUCCCGAAGAGGCUGUGAAAUUGAUGUGCUUAGAAAACAAGAGACCUCCAUUCAAGAUCAAAUUAAGAAGUUACCCUCCAGAUUUAAGAGAGUAA